AAAUGUUUUGUCGAUGGAAAUCUUUGAACAGAAAAUUUAGUUGAGCAACAAACGCCAAAGAAGCAUCUUGGUGAUCAAUUCAACAUUUUUAUAAAUUUAAAAAGAAACUUUUAAAAUCGAAAUGGAUCCCGUUAUUGAUGAAGAUCUUACUCCCGAGCAAAUUGCUGUUUUGCAAAAGGCUUUCAACAGUUUCGAUCACCAAAAAUGUGGCAGUAUCUCCACUGAAAUGGUUGCCGAUAUCUUGCGUUUGAUGGGUCAACCCUUCGACAAGAAGAUCUUGGAAGAACUCAUCGAUGAAGUCGAUGAAGAUAAAUCUGGCCGUUUGGAAUUCGAAGAAUUCGUACAAUUGGCUGCCAAAUUCAUUGUUGAAGAAGAUGAUGAAGCCAUGCAAAAGGAAUUGCGCGAAGCCUUCCGUUUGUACGACAAACAAGGUAACGGUUAUAUUCCCACCUCCUGCUUGCGUGAAAUCUUGCGCGAAUUGGACGAUCAAUUGACCGACGAAGAAUUGGACAUCAUGAUUGAAGAAAUCGAUUCUGAUGGUUCCGGUACCGUUGAUUUUGAUGAAUUCAUGGAAAUGAUGACUGGCGAAUAAAUCUUUUAUUUUAUCAGUGUCACACAAAAAUUUACAUUCACAAGUUUAAUCUUGAAAAUUAAAAUAAAAUACUCUUAAAUCAAAUCAAAAC